UAUAUAUAUAUAUAUAUAUAUAUAUAUAUAUUAUUUUUACUGUGUAAUUCAGUUAGAUUGAUUGGUUUGGUUUAUACCACGUGUUAAAUUAUAUUUUGCCGAUAAAGACUUGAGUUACUAAGAAUAGAAAAGGAAAAAUCCAAGAUUUGUUUUACUGAUUGCGAUUAGUUCAUGAUCGAAAAUUUAAGCCAAUGAAAAUCGUUCUUUCAUGUACGUUCCGAAACUAGCAGAAGAUGAACGACACGAAAGAGCUCGCAAAAACUGAAAAGCGAAGAUUCGCUUCUAUUGACGAUGAAGGCAUCAAAAAUUUGAUGGAUAAUGUUGAAGCACAAAAUACCAAACGAGUUACUUCAACGUCAGUGAAAUUGUUUCGGGAAUACCUGUUAACGAAGGGGCAGGAGUUAGAUUUCGAAUCUUUCGACAAUGAAAAACUUGACGAACUUUUAUCCAAGUUUUACCUUGAGAUGCGCAACAGGGAUGGUGAGAUGUAUAAAAAGACAACACUGCUUUCGUAUCGACAGGGCUUACAGAGACAUUUAGAGAAAACGAGAACUGAUAUUGACAUUUUGAAAGGAACUGAUUUUAAGAAGUCGGCAAGGGCAUUCAAGUGUAUGACUAAAGAGCUAAAAAGACAGGGUCGCGCAGCUAUAGAUCACCAUCCACCCAUCUCAGACGAACAUUUGGAAGUAAUCUAUGAACAUUUAACCCAAAACUUGGAGGAUGCCCAAAUGUUGCAGUACAAGGUCUUUUUGGACAUAAUGUUACAUUUUGGCCGGCGAGGCAGAGAAAACCUUUCCUCCCUAACACGAAAGGACUUUGCAGUAAUGAGAGGGGAAGGAAAUCAGCUCUUCGUGUACAAAACAAAAGAUGAAAAAACAAAGAACCAUCAAGAUGAUUCUGAAAAAUCAUCUGAUGGAAGGAUGUACGAGAUAAAAGAUAGUGACCGAUGUCCCGUACGAAGUUUUGUGAAAUAUCUUCGACGACUGUCUCCUCAUUGCCCAAGAUUGUUCCAACAGCCUCGAAGUGUUCCUAAAGACAAUACCUACUACUGUAAUAUACCUGUGGGUCAUAAUGAACUUGGACAGUAUAUGAAAAGAAUUUGUGUCAGUGCUGGAAUAAAUGUACUCUACACUAAUCAUUCAUGUAGGGCAACAACUGUAAGUGUGUUAGAUUCAGCAAAUAUCCCAAGUAGACAUAUAAUGUCAGUUACUGGUCAUAAAGCAGAGAGUUCCCUUAAAACAUAUUCAGGGAAGACCAACGAGAACACCAAGAAAGUAAUGUCACAGAUAAUCUCAGAGAAAAUAUCAGGAAGAAAGGCAACAGAAACAGUCACUAGUCCAAGCCCAAUGCAAGAUUACAGUUUAUUGCCCCUAUCAAAUUCACAGGAAGAAGUUCUUAUGAAAGAUUUAUUUGAUGAAUCGGAUGGAAUUGAUGAUAUCGUGCGUUCUAUCGAAUUUAAACAGAAUGUCCAAGCCCAGAAAAAACAGGUUAACACCACCUUGGUACAGCCACAUACCUUACAGUCAGCUAACAUGCUUGUACCAAUGCCAGGCCUGUGCCUUAACAACUACACAAGUGUUACUAUAAACUAUAACAUAAUGCAAAACAAUAACACAGAGUAA